AUAACCCAGGCCGCCCCCAAUCGAAUCCACAAACAGAGAGACAGACAGACAGAGAGAGUCCAUAAUAAUAUUAUUGCAAAGAAAGCCGAAGACAUUUUGAUGGCAAACCGUGUCACAGUUCCUUCGAAGCUGCUCCUCAAAAGUCUCCGACUUUAUUCCACCGUCCAUCUCACCCACAGUCCUCCUCAACCCAACCUCCCAAGACCCCUCCUGAUUUCCUCCCUCAACCUCCAUGAUACUCAGAAGCUCUUCUCUUCCUUACCAACCACUCACCUCUUGCGUGCCUCCGCCUACCUCCACGCCGCUUCCCUCGAGCCCUUUGUCGAUUUCGGAACAUGGCUCCUCAACUCCAAGCUCAUGGACCUCUACUUGCUCCGGGCUCCCAUAUUCGCAGCCCUCAGGCACACCUUUUACCAUCACUUUUGUGCCGGCGAGGACACCGUCGCCGCUGGACACACCGUCCGUAGCCUCCACAGUGCCGGCCUCAGUGCCAUGCUAACCUACGCCGUCGAAUACGCCACUGACAAUGAGUCCUGCGAUCGAAACUUUGAUGCCUUCCUUCACAAAGUCGAGUCCGCCAAGUCUCUUCCAUCUUCUUCGGUGAGCUCUGUAGUUGUGAAAAUCACUGCUAUUUGCCCCAAGAAGCUGCUUGAGCGGGUAAGUGACUUGCUGAGAUGGCAACACAAAGACCCUUCUUUCAAUCUGCCAUGGAAGCUAGACACCCUUCCCAUUUUCUCUGAUUCAAGCCCUACCUAUCACACCCUCAAAAAGCCAGAACCGCUAACCCCUGAAGAAGAGCAUGAUCUCCAGUUAGGUCACCAGAGACUGCAAAAAAUAUGCCAAAAAUGUGUAGAAGCAAAUAUCCCUUUGACGGUUGAUGCAGAGCACACACUCGUUCAACCCGCCAUUGAUUACUUUACGUACUCUUCGGCAAUCUUAUACAACAAAGAUGAUAAUCCAAUAAUAUAUGGGACUAUUCAAUGCUACUUGAAAGAUGCAAAAGAAAGGUUGUUGCUUGCAUCAAAGGCUGCAGAUAAGGCGUGUGUUCCCAUGGGGUUCAAAUUGGUGAGGGGAGCUUACAUGCCAAGUGAAAUAAAAACGGCUUCUUCCUUAGGAUUUGAAUCUCCUAUUCACAAUGGCAUACAGGAAACGCACGCAUGCUACAAUGACUGUGCUUCUAUCAUGCUUGACAAGAUUUCCAAUGGCCCCGGUGCACUUGUUCUUGCAACUCAUAAUGUUGAAUCAGGGAGACUGGCAGUAGCAAAAGCUCAUGAUUUGGAUAUGGGGAAGAUACACCAGAAGCUACAAUUUGCACAGCUAUAUGGUAUGGCAGAUGUGCUUUCCUUUAGCUUGAAAAAUGCAGGGUGUCAUGUUAGCAAGUACAUGCCAUUCGGGCCAGUAGAGAUGGUUAUCCCAUACCUUUUAAGGAGGGCUGAGGAGAAUAGAGGUAUUUUAUCUGCUUCAACCCUUGACAGGCAACUCAUGAGGAAAGAGUUAAAGAGGAGACUAAUAGCAGCUGUUUUUUAAAGGGAGGAGGAUGGCUUCGAGUAAUCUGUACAAACAUUAAAAGAAACUUGAACAAACAGCUAGGAAGUCAUUGAACGUAAGGGUUGACAGCAUACUCUGCCAUGGGAAUUAAUGUUAAUUAUAAAGGGGAAAGGAAAAAAAGCUACUCCUUACCCAUGCAUACUCAACCUCCUAUUGGAAAUCAAUCUAUAUAUAUAUAUAUAUAUGUUUAAUCGUAGAGUUUUAUUUUAUUA